AGCUCCCCAGUUGUGCAACACCUUCGGUAAACACUUGCUGAAGCGUACACAAUGAAGCAGGGAGUUUCUUUCUGUCUCCCUUAAGAGGAGGUUGGAGCAGAAGCAACCUCACAGGUGUGACUGGAGGCAGCCACUGCUCCUGGGAUCGCAGAAUGCAGCAAUGGAGUCUUCUGGUAGUCUCUUUCCUUCUUUCUCCAGUUCCAGUAAGUGCAAUAAAAGAACUCCCUAAAGCCAAGAAAUAUGAAGUGGUUUAUCCCAUAAGACUUCAUCCAUUGCGUAAAAGAGAGACCCAAGAGCCAGAGCCAAAGGAAACAUUUGAAACUGAGCUAAGGUACAAAAUGACAGUAAAUGGAAAGGUUGCUGUGCUGUAUCUGAAGAAGAACAACAAGCUCCUUGCGCCUGACUACUCGGAAACAUACUAUAAUUCCAGUGGAAACAAGGUCACCACAAGCCCGCAAAUCAUGGAUAGCUGUUACUACCAAGGACACAUCGUAAAUGAGAAAGUUUCUGCAGCCAGCAUCAGCACCUGUCAAGGACUACGGGGUUACAUCAGUCAAGGAGAUGAAAAGUAUUUUAUCGAACCUUUGAGCUCGGAGAACUUGGAUGAACAGGCACAUGCACUCUUCAAGGACGACUCCAAUGAAGACCAGGAGAAGAGCAACUGUGGUGUGGAUGAUGCGCUAUGGCUCCAAGGGCUGCAUCAGGACGUGGCCCUCCCUGCCACCAGGUUGAUUAAGUUGAAUGAUGGGAUGGUUCAAGAACCUAAGAAAUACAUAGAAUAUUAUGUGGUCCUGGAUAAUGGUGAGUUUAAGAAAUACAAUAAAAAUCUUGCUGAAAUACGAAAGAUAGUGCUUGAGAUGGCCAAUUACAUCAACAUGCUUUACAAUAAGCUUGAUGCCCACGUGGCCUUAGUUGGAGUGGAAAUCUGGACCGAUGGGGAUAAAAUAAAGAUAACACCAGAUGCCAACACCACCCUGGAAAACUUCUCUAAGUGGAGGGGAAAUGAUCUGCUAAAACGAAAGCAUCAUGAUAUUGCCCAGCUAAUCUCAUCAACAGACUUUUCUGGAUCAACAGUGGGUCUAGCCUUCAUGUCGUCGAUGUGUUCACCUUACCAUUCUGUUGGCAUUGUUCAGGACCACAGUAACUACCAUCUUCGAGUCGCAGGAACAAUGGCUCAUGAAAUGGGUCACAAUCUUGGCAUGAUUCAUGACUACUUGAGCUGCAAGUGUCCAUCUGAAGUCUGUGUAAUGGAGCAGUCACUAAGGUUCCAUAUGCCUACAGACUUCAGCUCCUGCAGUCGUGUCAAUUACAAACAGUUUCUUGAAGAAAAAUUAUCGCAUUGCCUCUUUAAUAGCCCAUUGCCAUCAGAUAUCAUAUCCACCCCAGUCUGUGGGAACCAGUUGUUGGAAAUGAAUGAGGACUGUGACUGUGGCACACCCAAGGAGUGUACUAACAAAUGCUGUGAUGCAAGGACCUGUAAAAUUAAAGCAGGUUUCCAGUGUGCCCUGGGGGAAUGCUGUGAGAAAUGCCAACUUAAAAAACCUGGGGUUGUGUGCAGAGCAGCAAAAGAUGAGUGUGAUCUGCCUGAAGUGUGUGAUGGUAAAUCCAGCCACUGCCCAGGUGACAGAUUCAGAGUCAAUGGCUCCCCUUGCCAAAAUGGGCAUGGUUACUGCUUGAAGGGCAAAUGUCCCACCCUGCAGCAGCAGUGCAUGGACAUGUGGGGUCCAGGAACCAAGGUUGCAAAUACAUCAUGUUACAAGCAGAAUGAAGGUGGGACAAAGUACGGAUACUGUCAUGUGGAGAAUGGCACACACAUGCCCUGCAAAGCAAAAGAUGCCAUGUGUGGGAAAUUGUUCUGUGAAGGCGGAUCAGGUGAUUUGCCCUGGAAAGGACUUACCAUAUCUUUCCUGACAUGUAAAUUAUUUGAUCCUGAAGACACAAGUCAAGGAGUAGACAUGGUGGCCAAUGGAACCAAGUGUGGAACUAACAAGGUGUGCAUUAAUGCUGAGUGUGUGGACAUGGAGAAGACUUACAAGUCAGCCAACUGCUCCUCAAAGUGCAAGGGGCACGCAGUGUGUGACCAUGAGCUUCAGUGUCAGUGCAAGGAAGGAUGGGCCCCUCCUGACUGCGAGAAUUCAGCCACAGUCUUCCACUUCUCCAUCGUGGUUGGCGUGCUUUUCCCCCUAGCAGUCAUAUUUGUGGUGGUUGCUAUAGUGAUCCAGCGCCAAAGUGCCAGAAGGAAGCAGAGGAGAGUUCAGAGGCUACCAUCCACCAAGGAUGCCAAGCUACACAAUCAGAAGUGUAGACCCCAAAAGGUGAAGGAUGUUCAACCCCAGGAGAUGAGUCAGAUGAAAAAGCUCCAUGUGUCUGAUCUGCCCUCUGAAGAGCCGGAGCCUCCACCUGAUGUCCUAAUCACAAAGCCAAAUUUCCCACCACCACCAAUUCCUGUUUCCUUGGACCCAAAUGCAAAAGUCUGAAACAACAGUUAAUCAGAUGGUCAGAGUGGAAGCCUCGAAAUUUUGGAUGGAAAAAGAGAUGUGCUUAGUUCUUUAUUACUAGCGCUCUUAACCCUCAGGGGUUAGCAUGUUCUGGUUUGUGCUGUAUUUUGAGGAGAUUAAAAGAAAGAUACACUUUUGAAAAUCUCUGUGCUAAUUUAAAUGAUUUCCUUUCCAUAUUCCUAAGGACAUGGCUAAAGGAAUGUAUAAACUGUAAAACUCUAGUUGAUUUCCCCCUUUAUUUUUACUAUGAUCUUGACUGACUGCUCAAAUAUAUUGAAGCCCUUAAUGUCCUCAUUUGGAGGGGAUUGAUGUGCCCUCUAAUGAAAAUAAAACAGAGCCUGGCAGUGGUGGUGCACGCCUUUAAUCCCAGCACUUGGGAGGCAGAGGCAGGCGGAUUUCUGAGUUCGAGGCCAGCCUAGUCUACAGAGUGAGUUCCAGGACAGCCAGGGCUACACAGAGAAACCCUGUCUCAAAAAAAACAAAAACAAAACAAAAUAAAACAAAACAAAACAAAAACAAAAGAAAAGAGGAAAAAAAAAGAAAAAGAAAAAGAAAAAAACGGAACAGAACAGAGAGGACAAAACAAAAUCAUAAACCACUGAGGUGGGGGAGUUAAGUAGCAGCGUCUUGAUUCUUUUAAUUUGUCAACUUGGAACAUGCAGUUUGUUUAAAAAAAAUAUGUAAGCACCCUAUUCUAUGUCCUUGCUUCCCUUUCUUCUGAAAUUUUUAUUCACUUUGUUAUUUUGGGAGUGUUCUACAAUCCAGUAAAAUAUGUUUAUUAGAAAAUGUAGUAUGCCAACAAAUGAGCUUCUUUUUCUAAAUAGAGAUUGUUUCUUUAGAGAAAUGAGCAUAAACCAGAAGUUACAAACUGGAGACCUGUUGGCUGGGUUUGGAUGGCAGAUGUGUUUUAUUUGGUCUAAGUUAAAGAUGUUGACCUCACAGAGUUUAUCUUUUAAACUGUUUUUGGUUUCAUAGAAAUAAAUUUUAAGUUGUGAGAUCUUGCAUAAGCAUCUAAAUUCCUGGAUUAAAAGAAAAAAAAAUCAGAGAGCCUGUCAACAGCAUAACCACAUUGUCUUUAACAUCUUCAGCUUCAUUGACAUAUGGUAGAACCAACAUGGUUGAAUCGGUACCAAAUACUGACUGGCUUGCUUUAAGAACUCUAAUUUACUCUAGCUGUCCAGCUUUAGAAUGAUGGGCACCACUCCGUACAUGUUAUGCUAACACACUCAUAACAAUCAUGAGUUUGUUUUGCCAUAGAUUUGUAAGUAGAUGGGUACCUCCCCAUUGUGGCCUCGUGGAUGAGGGAGGAAGCAUUUUGGGAAAUUUCUGAGGAGUAUUUCUCCAUUCAUCUUUUCUUCUGGUUGUUGACAUCUGGUAUUGCUGCAGCUGUGCUGUGAUCUGGAGACAAGAAUGAUGUGAACAAGAUAGAGCAGGGAGAUAAACAAACUCCAAGUGCACUUUCUAAGAUGUUAUGAACUGGUAGAUGAACAAUUGUUGAACUAGGUCCACGUUUUGCUGGGACUUCUUGUACAAUCAAUAAAUUUUCCUUGUUGUCC